AAUCGUUGAUGAUGUGGAAUUUACAAAUUCAAUUGUUGCUUAAAAUUAAUACGGCGUUUAAAGAAGCACAGCACAAUGGACAUAACGCAGCACUUUAAGGCGAGUGUUAUGACGGUACGUUUGCAGCGUAAGACUGAAUUAGCGGCGGCAGCGAAAAACAAGGCACAGGACAAACACCAACAACAACGCUCAACGGCAGCCGCAAAACCCACCGCUGGCACCAACAACAGCAACGACUUUGCCAAGCGGGCAAAGGAUGUGUGCAACGACAUAACCACACUCCGGAAUGUGUUGAUAGAGAAUCGUACGGCUUAUAUGCGCAUUGGUCAACAUCUGAAGAGCGCCACCCAUAUGACGGAUGCUCAGCGGGACUUUAUAGAUCGAGGCACAGAGAAAUUCGUGACAUUAUGCACACAGCAUUUGGCCAAUAUGCGUCGGGAUUACAAGAGCGCCAAACGAAAGCCCCAGGAACGUCAGCAUAUAGAAGCAGUGAUCGAUAUGCUGAUCAGUUAUCUGCACAGCGUCGAACAGAUCUAUUUGGAUCAAAAGAAAUAUCGCGUACAACAUGAACUGGAGACAUACAGACUGCUUAAACUGGCGGCGGAUAAAAAGAAAAUUCCAGUGCGUCCGGCAGGUGCCACAAGUGGCAAGCAAAUCAAACGUCAGACCAGCAAUGACAGCGUUAAUAGCAACGAACAGAACACGUCUUUAGAGGAUGUAGAGGAGGGUGGUAAUGACUGGAACAACGACAGUUGGGCCGACUGGGAUGACGAGCAGGACAGCAGCUCCAAGACAGCCACAGAACAAAAGCUGCGUAAACGCAACCGGCGAGGUGAACCAAACAGCACAGAUUCCUCGGCGAAAGUGGCACUUGACGAGGACAUUCAGAAAACGGAGCUGCAGCAGGAGAAUGACGAGGAACCCCUGAGCGCCGAGGAUGUGCAGUUGUUUGAGGCCGAAAAUGUGCACAUUUACAACCUACUGCAAGGCGUCUCCGAGGAAGUCGAGCAGAUCGAAAAGAACGUCGUGGACAUAGCACAACUACAGGACAUAUUUACGGAGAAGGUGGCAAUGCAACAACAGAACAUUGACCGCAUUGUGAGCGCAGUAGUUGGCACCACGGAGAACGUCAAGGAUGCCAAUGAGCAGAUUCGUCAGGCAACGCAACGUAAUGCCGGAUUGCGUGUCUGGUCAUUGUUCUUUUUGUUAGUCAUGUCCUUCUCAUUGUUAUUUCUCGACUGGUACUACGAUUAAAUCUAAAUUGUUUUGUGUAACUUUAAGUGAAAACUCAUUACUGUUUGUUAUCGUACUAAAACAUAAUUUGUUUAUUAAACUUAUUCAUAUUAGGAAAUAAAAAAAAAUGGCUUAACAAUAUAAAACAACUGAAACUUAACAGCGAAUUUCUAAAUUCUAAAUCAAUUCAUGCUUGCUCUGUGUAUUCGAUGACAAGACUUAAUCCCAACAAAAUUGUCUAUUUAAAAAAAAAAGAUUUGUGCGUAAAAAGUAUUUGGAUUGUCGAAUCCGACAAAUAUCUUAUAAUCUAUGUAAGCUGACUGAUUUACAAUUGUUUUAUUCAAUAUAUAAUUAUUUAUAAUCGUUCAUUGCUUUAUGAUAUUCAAUUAAUGAAUAAAUUACAGCUAAACUUAAGUUUUCUAAGUAUUACAGCAGUACUUUUAAGUAAUUAUGUGUAUUUUUGAGUGUCUCAAUAGGUGAGUGCAGCUUAAAUCUUAAUUUGUGCAUUCAAUACAGUCGCAACAGUUUUCA